AUGGCAGCCCAAGCGAACGAGACCCUGACUCUUACGGACGACCUGCGCCAAAAGACCAAAGGACACCAUCGCAAGAUGGACAGGCUGGUUCAGCUGGGCCUGUUCACUGUUCUUGAUUAUCAGAUCUAUAGGCAGAUCCUGUUGGGAUUCUACUACGUGUUCAGGACGUUUGAGGAAGAAUAUGAAAAGCACACGAAAGGUCCCGAUCUCCAUCCAUGGGUCGCACAGGCUUAUUGGCCCGACAUUCGGCGGACAGAGGCCUUCGAAGCAGAUCUUGCCUACUUUUACGGGGACGAUUGGAAGGAACAUGUCUGUCCAUCCAAGCAAAUGCAAGAGUAUAUGGAUCAUAUUCGAGAUAUCUCAAAGAAGAAUCCAGAGAGGCUAGUCGCCUACCCAGCAACCCUUUAUCUCGGGAUCUUCUUUGGUGGACAAAUUACCCGAUCCAAGAUCGUAAAGUCGACACGAUUCUUUCCCUCUCCUCCUGACAAGAAACUUGGCGGCGAACACGAUAGCGGCAUUGCGAUCUUCACGUUUCGUGAGAGAAGCAGCAGCUCCUCUUCAUUUACUACCACUGAUGAUGCAGCAGGACAUUCGGGAGAGAACGGGAAGCUGGAUCCCAAUAAGGUGAAGAACGAUCUGAAAUCACGACUCAAUUCUAUCCCAGGAAUCUAUGACCAGACAGACUCGGCCCUGGCAGCACGACGUGCUAUUGAAGACGAGGCCAAAGAGAUUUUUGUCAGGAACAUGGACUUGUUCACAUCGGUCGAGGGUGUGCCUAGAGUGUGGACUCGUUGGAUCGUUUAUUCUCUUCUGUACUUGGCAAUUGCCAUGGCGUUUUAUCAGAUCCUUUUCAGCCGGUUCUCCACAGCCGCACCCGUUCUUUGA